AUGGUGUUCAAGGGCACGGAACGCCGGCCCGACCCCGUCGACAUCAGCGCGCAGAUCGAGUCCACUGGCGGAAUGAUAAACGCCGGUACUGAGCAGGAGCGGCUGACAGUCUACUGGUGCAAGCUAAGACUCGAGUACAAGAAGACCGAACAGCUUCACUUGUCCAUAGCUCUUCCGGGCCUCGCUCUCGACGAUCCAGACAUCUACGCACUUGAUCUCCUGAGCGUGAUUCUGGGCGAGGGUAUGAGCAGCAGGCUAUUCGUAGAGUUGCGCGAGAAUCGGGGCCUGGCUUACGACGUGCAUAGCGGAGUCUCCCACUUCCGGGACACUGGCGCAUUCAUCAUAAGCGCAGGUGUCGAUCCGGCGAGCGCCUACGAGGCCGGUCCGGCGAUACUCGAGCAGGUGGCAUCUGUCCGCGACUCGAUAGACGAGCGGGAGGUAGAACGGGCCAAACAACUGGUGGCCGGUCGCCUAAUGCUCCGAAUGGAAGACACCCGCGCGGUGUCAGCCUGGAUGGGUAGUCAGGAGAUGGUCCGCGGCGAAAUGCUCGAUGUGGACCACGUCGUUCAACGGGUAGAGGCUGUGACUUCCGAGGAUCUCUGUGCCGAGUGGCUUCCCAGAAUCUGGUCGAUGACCACCUCAACCUUGCGGUCGUGGGGCCAUGCCGGGGCCAUAAGCGCCUGUCGAGGCUCCUGA